UUUUUACUACACGAGACGUUAUUGUUGUUUGAAUUAUGAUAAUAUUGACAGCAAAGAUUGCAGAGAAUGUAGUAUUGGAUUUACGUCAAAAGCAGGGAAUAGAUGUAUACCGUGUUCAUAUAAUACUUAUGGUGUUAGAUGCGCAUCACAUUGUAACUGUUUACAACAGCAAAGAUGUCAUCAUAUACAUGGCUGCCUAGACAAUAUAACAGAACAGGACCUUAUGACUUUGGACACCAAGAAUUCAUAUGACUUGUAUCAAAUAACAUCUACUGAAAAUACUGAAGAUGUGACUAAAGAAACGUUAAGAAAAACUGAACCUUUAAGUAAACCUGUUACCAUUCGAGAUAUUGAGACAAUUGACCAUGAACAUGAUGUUAACAAAGAUUCCAAGGAAAUUCUUUCGAAUACAGCUAUAUACUGUAUCCUUGGAGGAAGUGUAAUUUUCAUCAUUGGAUUCUUUUUAUGUUUGUUAUAUAUUUUUUGGAUGAAAAUAUUAGCCAUAUCAAAACGUUUGCACGAACUGCCAGGUUUAACUGUCCCGACGCCACAAUCACCCAAUGAAAUACCGGAAAGCCAGUUCGAAUUCAAUGAGGUAAACAAUUAUGAAGAAAUUGACGAAGAAAACAUGUUUCGAAAACGGAUUUUUAGUGAACAUGAUGCCAUCAGUACUAGUAGUUCGACGAAUAAAUCUGGAUGCUGUGGGACCGAUAUUGAUGGAUACUUACACUCGUAUCAUUCCUUGGCUUUCGAAAAUAAUGCGUGUGAAAACAAUGACGAAGGAACGGAUAUUACUUCAGUAGAUAUCGAUAUACUGAAAAAUAAACGUUAUCGGCAAAUGUCUGAACCUGUUCAUGGAAACAUUAAAUCUUUAUAUUUGAAACACAAAAUCAACAAUAUUACGCCAAUGAUACAUGAACAGGAUAUUCACGAAACGUCAAAUGAAAAUCUCCAGGAAUGUAUUAUUUCAGGCAAUACUGACAAUGGUGCUAUAAUUGUGUAACAAUAGCAAGGCCACUUGGUGGUAAUGAAUUUAUAUAAGCUAUAGAUCAAUUGGUAAUGGUUAUCGCGAAUUUAUAUAUUUAUACUGCACAUACUCUUUAAUUUGACUAUUUC